AAAUUCAAAGCGAUUACUGUUUGGUUUCACCAAAAAGUUGGAAGAUGCUCACGACUCUUCCUUCCUUCCUUUGUUCCCAUUUUCUCAAAUAUAUAUAUAUAAAGCUGCCGUCUCGAGAAGAUUAUAAAUCCAUAAGCUUCUUCUUCGUCUUCGUCGUGUGACCCGCACUUCCAUCCAUAGAAUUCAAUGUCGACCUACAAGCUCAAUCACACUGAUUCAUUUGGAAAGGGAGGAGAUGCAAACGGUUUGCGCUCAAACCAAGAAAACGGUUUCAGUAAUUUGUCUUCUCUAGCUCAGUCAGAGAAAGCUGUUCAGGAGUUUCUUAUUCAGCAGACUCCUAUGCAGGCUAAUGAUGAUCAUCUCAUUGAGUUCUCAGAGGCUUUGAGAACUGUUGCAAAGGCUUUAAGAGGAUCUUCUGAAGGAAAAGCAUUGGCUCAAGCUGAAGCUGCUGAAUGGAAACGGAGAUAUGAGUUGGAGAGGUGCAAGAAUCUAGAGUUGCUUCUUAAAGCACCUUCGAAUGGAGUGUGUGCUGAUGAAUCUAAUAGCAAUGGGAUGAUGGAUCAUUCAGCCAAGUCUCCGCGGCUUCAUGUUCAGGAAAACGGGAAUUCCUUGGAGCGUAUUUGCGCUCAUGAAGUGCUUCAAGAUUGUGAACCUAACAGUCCUAAUGGCUGUAACAACAAAUUGAAGCGAAAGGCAUCAUUUAAGCUUUCCUGGGGAUGCAAGGGGCAGACUAAUGAUCAACACAAAAAAGAAAUCGUCUCUUUUGAGAGCGGCAAUAUCACAACACCAGAUCGCAGUAGUAAACAGAUUUCACUGACAUGGGAGUCCAGUCCACAGACUGUUAUUAUCUUCACUAAGCCUAAUUCAACUUCUGUACGAGUUCUUUCUGUGGAAAUGGUCAGAUGGUUGAGAGAUCAUAAAGGACUAAAUGUCUACGUGGAACCACGAGUGAAGGCAGAACUUUUAUCUGAAUCAAGUUCCUUCGACUUUGUUCAAACUUGGGAAGAUGACAAAGAAAUUUCACUUCUACACCCAAAGGUUGACCUUGUUAUAACUCUUGGUGGUGAUGGUACUGUUCUAUGGGCAGCGUCGAUGUUCAAAGGACCAGUGCCUCCAAUUGUUCCAUUUUCCAUGGGAUCUCUUGGAUUCAUGACUCCUUUCCACAGCGAACAAUACCGAGAUUGUCUUGAAUCGGUUCUGAGGGGUCCACUCAGUAUAACACUACGACACAGGUUGCAGUGUCACAUCAUCAGAGAUAAAGCAAGGCAUGACUACGAGACAGAAGAGACUAUGCUUGUUUUGAAUGAAGUCACCAUCGACCGUGGGAUAUCUUCUUACCUCACAAACCUUGAAUGCUACUGCGACAACUCGUUUGUCACAUGUGUGCAAGGCGAUGGACUAAUACUCUCUACAACAUCUGGUAGCACCGCUUACUCACUUGCAGCUGGAGGAUCAAUGGUCCAUCCACAGGUUCCUGGGAUCUUGUUCACACCAAUCUGUCCGCAUUCUCUGUCUUUCCGCCCACUGAUAUUACCGGACCAUGUGACAGUGAGAGUGCAGGUGCCAUUCAACAGCAGAGGCUCCGCGUGGGUGUCGUUUGAUGGGAAAGGACGGAAACAACUUGAAGCAGGGGAUGCACUAGUGUGUAGCAUGGCACCCUGGCCUGUCUCAACCGCUUGCCAGGUUGAAUCCACUCAUGAUUUCCUUCGCAGCAUCCAUGACGGUCUUCACUGGAACCAAAGAAAGAUUCAAUCUUCUGACGGCCCUCAGUGACACUUGAACAAAUUUAUCCGAGAAUUCUACUCCUUCUAAACCAUAUACACAGUCCUGACUUCUAUAAAUCUAUAUGCAUAGAGACAAAGAUGUAGUAUCUGGUUUCUAUACAUUGGUGGGUAUAAUAAAGAAAAUGUAGUAUGAUUGAUUAUUCAAAGUUAAUGAAUCAGAGAUGUUUCUGUGCUAA